CAUGCUCUUCAGAUCCAGUGGACAGGUGAUGCCGGAAAGAUUAUCAUUAACGGUACUGAUUACUUCAUGUUACAAUGCCACUGGCAUACUCCCUCUGAGAACACUGUGAACGGCAAAAAGGUUGAUAUGGAGAUUCAUCUGGUUCAUAGGAGUGCAAAAGAUGAAUUUGCUGCUGUCUCCAUCUUAUACAAAAUAGGAAAACCUGAUAAGUUCCUUGGACAAUUGCUGAACAGCAUCAGGCAAGUUGAUCGCAAUGGUAAAGCUUUAGGCGCCCUUAAUCCAGGAAAGAUCACAUAUGAGGGCAAGAAAUAUUACAGAUUCAUUGGUUCCCUCACUACCUGCUGCUCACAGGGUGUCAUCUGGACAGUAACCAAAGAGGUAAAGACAGUAUCACAGGAACAGAUAAACUUAUUAAAGGAAGCUGUUGAUGAUGGUUACGAGGAAAAUGCAAGGCCACUGCAACCACUGAAUGGAAGGACAGUAUAUCUCAAUCAACCAUAGGAACGUUGUUGCCGGUGCUGUUUAGGAAUUAUAUGUAUUGAGGGAGCUGAGUGAUUGCCCACCAUUAAACUGAAUAUACAAAUCAUUUUCAAACAUAAUAAUUUCAAUACAUUAUGUUUUAUAAUUAUAUAUUUGUAUAUGAUUCAUGAUAAUGUAAUUAAAUUUUUGGUCAAUCUUUAA